AUGGCCGAACUAUCAGGCCGCAAGGUCUUUAAGGUGUUCAACCAGGACUUUAUCGUCGAGGAACGAUACACCGUGACAAAGGAGCUUGGCCAGGGAGCAUAUGGCAUCGUUUGCGCCGCCAUUCAAAAUGCGACUAGCGAGGGUGUCGCUAUUAAGAAGAUCACCAACAUCUUCAGCAAAAAGAUUUUAGCCAAGCGCGCUUUGCGCGAGAUCAAGCUUUUGCAGCAUUUCCGGGGCCAUCGAAACAUCACUUGCCUUUAUGACAUGGACAUUCCUCGACCAAACCACUUUAACGAGGCCUAUCUCUACGAAGAGUUGAUGGAGACUGAUCUGGCAGCCAUCAUUCGAUCUGGCCAGCCUCUAACCGAUGCGCACUUCCAGUCUUUCAUCUACCAGAUUCUGUGUGGGUUGAAAUAUAUCCAUUCGGCUAAUGUGCUUCAUCGAGACUUGAAGCCUGCCAAUUUGCUUGUCAACGCGGACUGUGAGCUGAAGAUUGCUGAUUUCGGCCUGGCGCGAGGCUUCUCAAUUGACCCAGAAGAAAAUGCCGGGUACAUGACCGAGUACGUCGCGACAAGAUGGUAUCGUGCGCCGGAGAUCAUGCUCGGUUUUCAGAGCUACACCAAAGCUAUUGAUGUUUGGUCCGUCGGGUGCAUCCUCGCAGAGCUUAUCGGGGGCCGCCCAUUCUUCAAGGGCAGGGACUACGUCGACCAGCUGAACCAGAUUCUACACAUCCUUGGGACUCCUAAUGAGGAAGCUCUCCGCCGCAUUGGCUCGCCCCGAGCCCAAGAAUACGUGCGGAACCUCCCUUUCAUGGCCAGAAAGCCCUUCCAUUCCCUAUUCCCUAACGCCAACACAAACGCCAACGAUCUGCUGGACGCUAUGCUCGCUUUCGACCCAUCGAGUCGCAUCACGGUCGAGGCUGCUCUCGAGCACCCCUACCUCCAGAUCUGGCACGAUGUGUCGGACGAACCUGAAUGCACGAUAACUUUCGACUUCGCAUUUGAGGUGGUUGACGAGAUUGGCGACAUGCGCCACAUGAUUCUCGACGAAGUCUUGCACUUCCGCCAGCUUGUCAGAACCAUCGCAACAUCAGACAACCAAGAAAACUCAGCCCGGCAAGAUCAACCCGGCCAGGUGCCGAUGCCUCCUAGCGGGCUACCUGAGCAGUGGAAGGCUGAGGAUCCGCGCCCACAAGAGUAUCCCUACAGCACUGGUGCAUUGGAAGCUGAGCUUGGCGGUAGAUAA